CACCAAUCAGAGACGCAUCACCUGGUGAGGUAAAGGCGUCGCUCCCGAACCCUCAGUCGUCCGUGAGUGCACCCGCAAUAAUUUCGUGUCAAAUCCGUCGCAAGUCAAGCCAGCGAAAAGGGAAAUCAGCACACACACAGCAGCAGAAGAGGAGGCGAAAAAAGACUUUUUCGGCAACGCCGCCCACACUAUUCGGUUCGUGAGAGAGCCCUGGCUCACUGCAGAGCGAGGCCUUGACCUACAUUUUCAGUCGUGCAGCAGUCCCGCACACACACGCCACCGUAUUCGCGAGCUGUGUGUGUGUGCACACAGCCAACACCAAAACAAUUUAUUUUGAAAAUUAUCAAAAAAUUCCGUAUACACCCCGACGAAAAACUGUGCCUAUUUCCAUCGUUCAGUGUGUGUCCCGCGUGAAAAACAAAAACUCAACGUGAUUUCGUACAUAUAAUCCUGUCGAGUCUUUGUGUGCACACAAUUUUUUAGUUGAAUGACAUUCGUGAAAGGGUAAAAAAGUGAGUCGUGUUGUUAGUUUAUUUCGUUUUUCAUCCCCUCAUUUUCUCUUUCAACGAGAGAGCGUGAAUGGUGUGUCUGUGUGAUAUUUUAUUUUGUUAUUUUCAGUGAGUCAGUGGGACAUACAAGUGGUUGGUUUGGUUGUGGGGUCUCUAUAUACCCAUCGCCUCAGGGUCGUUUCAGCUCCGGGGAGCUUCCAACCGACGACGAUUAUUAUUCCUUUCUCUGCCACUCUACGACUUUUUAACCGUUUCUCUCUCUCUUCUUUCCAUUCCAUUUUCGAGUGAAAGUGAAACUCUAGGCUUCUUCUUUUUUAAGCCACGUUACUACUUUAUAUAUAUACACACACUGAUCUAUCAUUGUGUCUUUUCCCAUCUUUUCUUUUUUCUCUAAAUAUUAUAAACAUGUCGAGUCGUUAUCUUGAAUGGCCACUGGCUAAAGUUCGGGAUUUUCUUGAUCGUCUGUGUGUGUGUGAUCGCGUAACCUAUUGACCAACCGACCCAGCGACCUAAAUUUGUUUCUGUUUUUUCUUUCUCAACAUACUUGACACAUCCAACAGAUUGAAAUGCAUUCAAAUAACGACCUUGAUGAAUCGUCGUAGGAUCUCCCAUCGUUUGAAAAAUAAGAGAAAUUUCAAUUUCAUUUUCUAAUUGAAAUCACGAAUUGACUGUCAACUGAAACUGAAAAAAAAAGAAAAGAAAUGGAAUGUCAAGCAGAAGCAGCAGCUUUGUUGCCUUCGUUCAGGGAGCUGACGUCGGCUGGAGUGGUCGGGCGUGACCGCAAUGGAUCGCCGUCAGAUGGCAGCACCGACGGGUCUCAGCAAUCGCAGUUGUCGUCGACGUCGUCGUCGGAAUCGUCGGCCGAACUCAGCAAAGAACUCCGUUUGUCUUCGGCACACGCCAUGAUUUUCCUAUCGCAGCAGAAACGUGAAUCCAUCCAGUCGUCAGCAGACGAAACUCUUUCCGCCCACGAAUCAACAACCAACUGCCUUCAGUCGAACGAUCCCGACGACCAGGAUCACCUGAUGCUGAUCCAGCUCCAACAAGAUUCGCCACACGGUUCUUAUUAACUUUUUUCUUCUUUUCAAUCUGCUUUCAAUUUAGAUUUAAAUAAUUAAUAUGGGAUGAUGAUUACUGGCACUGAACGAACGAUAUCCCCCCCGAAAACCUUGAACGCUCUUAUAUUUUUUUUUUUUACCAUCUUGAAUCGAUUUGAGAACUGGCAUUAUCCCGAAUUCAUGGUUUCAAUUCAGACGUCUAAAAGUUGCGCCAUUCCCGAACGAACGAAGAAGAAAUAUCAUUUCGCUGUCGAAAAAAGAAAGCGUGGAAAAGCGAAAGUAGUGCCAAAGUCAGUGGGGAAUGAGGCAAGUGGGUCAGCCCCCUCAAAACUCCCACCCAACCACCCCACUUCUUGACAAUCGAAUAAGUGUAUAUAUACAUAUAACGUAUACUGCAGCAGCAGCUUUAAAUGAAUAUUACCCAACCAAAAAACAAUACUACAUUUCUACCUUCAAUUGCAACCCGAUAUUCAUAAGGGUACCAGCUUUUUUUCAAGGAUGAAGCACUUCACGACGGCGGGUUAAAUGCGACUCGAUUCGUGAUUAACUGUCUGCUGCUGUUGUUGUUGUUGGCUACCACCGAGGCCUUGAAAUGAAAGGAAAAAUCGAUAUGGCGAAAGAGGUGUCGUUGGGAGCUGUCCCAGUGACCCAUUACACUAGACCUACUUUACAUUAAAUUUCACUCGUUCCAUAAAAUUUCUGAUCUCGUUCUUCACGAGGAGAAAUUCAUCACGUAACCUUCUGAGAAAUUUAAAAAUUCCCCCCCCCCACCCAAAGAAA